CGUACUCACAUUAUGACGCUGUACGUAGUCUCGUUCCACGUGGGCACGUGGGGCCGAGGAGCACGUACGUUACUGUAUAGCUUCUGUUAGCUAGAUAUGGGGGCUCGCUUGUCUUAUCCAGAAGUCGAUCUGAAAGGAAAGGUGGCUGUUGUGACUGGCGGCAACACUGGCAUCGGUUACGAGACUGCAAAAGCGUUGGCCAGGAUGGGAGCACACGUUGUAAUCGCAUGUCGCUCGCAAGAGAGGGCGCAACAGGCUAUUGAACGUAUAAAGUUGGAACUUUCUGAGGCUGGAGAAGUAAAUGUUGAGUUUGUCCAACUUGAUCUGUCAUCUUUGCAAUCUGCUCGAGACUUCACUGACAACUUUAUCGCUAAAGGACUGCCUUUGCAUCUGUUGAUAUUGAAUGCAGGAAUAGCUGCUGUUGAGUUAGGACGGACAGUUGAUGGACAUGAGAAACAUUUUCAGAUUAACUACUUGAGUCAUCUUCUGAUUACUCUUAAUCUAAUGAGCGUAAUAAAAUCAAGUGGUCCAGAUGCUCGAAUUGUUAAUGUAUCAUCAUAUGCAGCCACCUUUGGCAAGUUUGAUCCAUCAAAUAUGGAUGGAUCUCAGAGAUAUUCAAGGAUGGGCUUCUAUGGGAAUUCUAAGCUGUUCCAGAUCAUGAGUAUGUAUUUUCUACAACGUCGAAUAGCUGGAUGUGGGGUUACCAUCUCGUCCCUUCAUCCUGGAGCUGUUGAUACCGAGAUCUCUCGCAACUUUCAAGACUCCACAUUUUGGAAAACUGUUACCAAUGUAGUCAAAUCAGUUGGUGUGUUGCGAUCACCCGAGAAAGGAGCAGCCACAACCAUCAAUGCUGCUGUUAACCCAGAAUUCAAAGAUAUGGAAGCUCUUUACUUUGAGAAUUGCAAAGUUACUCAACCAGUACGGAGUGCAAGGGAUGAAGCUACACAGGAGCGUCUGUGGGAGUACAGUUUUAAUUUGAUCAGAGAAUACGUGGACACUGGGCGGUUGGCUAGUGUUGGCAUUGAGCUGCCCUCCAUACCAGAUACAGAAAACAACCAUGAAGCCACAGGCAGUACUGGAGAACAGAAUUUGACAACAACAGAAGAUUGAUGCUGUACUUGAUCAAGUACAUGUUUCACAUGGUACGUGUUGCAAGUUUACUGCACAGAAACAGUACAUUUUUUUUACAAAUGCUUGUUACAAAUAUAAAUAAUAAAUCGACGCGUUUCUAGCUGCACUUUGCAGUGGAGGUAGAUUGUUGAAACAAGCAGCUGUAAUUCUACAUAUCAUUUGCUGCUUCACUGCAAUGAAAAACACAACUAUAUGAUAUUGCACUAUU